AUCACAUACCAAUCAACCUCGUAUGGGAGCGUCUGCAGUUGUCACAAACUUACACGACUAUCACGGGGCACCACCAACGAGUGAUUAUCUUCAGUCGACAAUACCACGAAGUAGAAUAGUAACCAAUCGGGGUUAUCAAUUACACAAUACUACUACAACCAUUACAUCACCAACUAACACGGAAUUAGAUGAAUUCUGUCGAAUAUCACGUAGUCCUUCUACACCGGGUUUAUCUAACUCAAAUUUCACACAUACUCCUCGUGUAGAUCCUGCUGGUGAUAUGGACAAAGAGUUGAAUUCAAUAGACAAUCCAAUUGACCCUGUUACUAAUGACGAAGAAUUCGCUAGACAAAUUCAAGCUAUUGUACAUGAGAACAAUCAACAUUUAUAUUCAUAAUAACUAAAUUCACAAAUGUAAUGAGGCAUAUCAUCCUCCUUUUUUUCUAAAUGCACAAAUAGCGUCGACGACAACAACAACAAUAAUAGCUCCAAUACUG